AGUUCCAAACGAAGUAAUAAACUUAUAAUCGUUUCACAGAAGUAAAGUCAUCAUGAAAAUUUUAUUGAUUUUCCUUGUUGUCGUGGCAAUUUAUGCAGUGGUUGCCAAUGCUAAAUUUAAGUUUCCAGAAGUAAACGAGACGAAAGUACUACCUUAAGAUGCAUAGAGAAUAUAGAAAUUUGGGCCAAUACACGUAUAAAACAUCACAGAUUUAACUAAAUCUUAUGUGCAUUGGUAAAUCUUUCGAGUAGAGUAUCGGUCCCAAAAAAAUUGUAAUUUUUAAUCGACUUGCCUACAAACUUAACACUUAUUGUUCUCUAAAAUUAUGAUCAUCUGAAUAAUAAAUAAUAUGUUAACUG